UCCCGGCAUGCUCCAGGGGGCGGUCCGCGAACGUGGCAGGGCGCGGCGGGAGAGCAGGGGAGCGGGACAGGGACAGAGACACGGCCAUGGAUGGAGGCGAGGGGCGGCCGCAGCCCCACCUGGCCGCGUUGGUGCUGGCGCGGGGCGGCAGCAAAGGGAUCCCGCUGAAGAACAUCAAGCUGCUGGCGGGAGUGCCGCUCAUCGGCUGGGUGCUGCGCGCCGCCAUCGAUGCCGGCGUCUUCCACAGCAUAUGGGUUUCCACAGACCAUGACGAGAUCGAGAAGGUUGCGAAACAGUUUGGUGCUCAGGUCCAUCGCAGGAGCCCCGAAGUCUCUCAGGACUCCUCCACUUCCCUAGAAGCCAUCACAGAGUUUCUCAAUCAUCAUCAUGAGGUUGACAUUGUAGGAAAUAUUCAAGCAACAUCUCCCUGUUUACAUCCCAGUGACCUUAUAAAAGUGGCAGAUAUGAUCCAGAAGGAGGGCUUUGAUUCUGUCUUCUCUGUUGUGAGGAGGCAUCAAUUCAGAUGGAGUGAGGUAAAGAAAGGAGAAAACAAGAUGACAGAACCCCAAAACCUGAAUCCAGCAAAGCGGUACCGGAGGCAAGACUGGCCUGGGGAGCUUUAUGAAAAUGGCUCAUUUUAUUUUGCCAAGAGGCAUCUGAUUGAGAAAGGCUACUUGCAGGGUGGUAAAAUGGCCUACUAUGAAAUGCGUGCAGAGCACAGUGUGGAUAUUGACAUAGACAUUGACUGGCCUAUUGCAGAGCAGAGAGUGUUGAGCUUUGGAUAUUUUGGCAAAGAGCCACUAAAAGAGGUGAAGCUCUUGGUUUGCAGCAUUGAUGGAUGCCUGACCAAUGGUCGCAUUUAUGUGACAGAAGAUCACAAGGAAAUGGUCUCCUACGAUUACAGAGAUAUUGUUGGCAUUGAUCUGUUGAAGAAAAGAGGAAUCCAGGUUCGACUCAUCUCUGACAGAGAUUGUUCAAAAACACUGUCAGCCAUGCAGCUGGGAUGUGUAGCAAAAGUCAGUGUAACAAAUAAACUACAGGUUCUGAAGGACUGGCAGGAGGACAUGGGUUUGAGCUGGAAAGAGGUGGCUUACUUAGGAAAUGAGGAGUCUGACGUGGAGUGCCUGAAGCAGGCAGGCAUGAGUGCUGUGCCUGCUGAUGCCUGUGCUGCUGCCCAGAAGGCUGCUGGUUACAUCUGUAAGAGCAGAGGUGGCUGCGGCGCUGUGCGCGAGUUUGCAGAACACAUAUUCCUGCUCUUAGAGAAAGUGAACUCUGCAAGGAAGCAGCUGGAAGAAAUCAGCUCAGCAGGAAAGGAAAUGGGGAGAAAUGAGAACAGCAGGAAAGGAAAUAAGGAGCUGAUGGAAAAAGAGUAACGCCGUUGGUCAGUCCUGCCUUUCUUCCUCAGUACAUCCAUAUCCCAAAGGAAUGCUUACCUUUCAAAUUUUACAGCACAGUAGAGUUAAAAAGGUGUCUCCUCCUAAUUGCAGGUCCCACAUUCAUGAUUGUAUGCUGAAAAUAUGAUCACAUCCAUGAUGAUUUUAAAAGCCAUUUAAGUGCAAUGGGAGGAAUGCUACAAGAGAGAGUGCCCUGUAAAUCUGCUCUUAAUCAUCACACCUGUCCUACAGGAAUGCCACCUCUUUAUUUCAUAAUCUGGAUGUUUUCAGGGAUUAAUGAUUUUGCAUGACUUGAAGAUUUGUAAUUCAGGCUUAAAAACCCCAUAACUUCUGUCAGUUUUGCUCAUGUGAUUUGCAUUUCUUUUAUCAAAUGCAUGGCGUUGUGGUUGUGUGAUUGCAUUUUACAAGCUUUGUCCUUGGAAAGGAAGAGUUUUAACAUGUGCUGGAGAGGUCAGGUGUAAAAUACUUAUCAAUAAAACUUCCUCCUCUAUUUUUAAAAUACAGCACAGUUACUGUAAAAUAAGUUAAUAUUCAUUUAAAAAAGCACUUUAAUAUGUGUCCAGUUUGAAGCUCAUAAAUAAAUAAAUCACAUUUGGAAUUGUG